CUUGGUGUGUUGCGACGUGACCAGGGUGACCUGGACGGCGCGGAGGCGCUGUUCCGCGAGUCAAUGGAGGCGAGGCGAGAGGCGCUCGGCGACCGGCACUGGGAUACGCUUUUCUCGAUCAACUGCGUCGGCACGGUGCUGCACGACCAGGGCGACCUGGACGGCGCGGAGGCGCUGUACCGCGAGGCGCUGGAGGGGAGGCGAGAGACGCCCGGGGGGGGCGACCGGCACAUGGAAACACUCAUCUCGAUCAGCAACCUCGGCGGGCUGCUGAGGGAAAGGGGCGACCUGGCUGGCGCGGAGGCGCUGUGUCGCGAGGCGCUGAACGGGCUGCGAGAGACGCUCGGCGACCGGCACCACCUCACGCUCGCCUCGAUCAACAACCUCGGCUCGCUGCUGCAUGUCAAGGGCGACCUGGACGGCGCGGAGCCGCUGUAUCGCGAGGCGUUGGAGGCGAGGCGAGAGACGCUUGGCGACCGGCACCCGAACACGCUCUUCUCGAUCAACAACCUCGGCUUGCUGCUGCAGGCACAGGGCGACUUGGACGGCGCCGAGGCGCUGCUUUGCAAGGCGCUGGAGGCGAGGCGAGAGACCCUCGGCGACCGGCACCCGUACACGCUCAUCUCGAUCUACAACCUCGGCGGGCUGCGGAGGAAGAAGGGCGACCUGGACGGCGCGGAGGCGCUGUGCCGCGAGGCGCUGGAGGGGAGGCGAGAGACGCUCGGCGACCGGCACCCUAACACGCUCGGCUCCGCAGAGGCGGUUGCU